GAAAGUUCAGUUUGCUGUUAUUGGUGAAAGUCGGAAUCGUGUUCGGUUUAUUUGUACAGAAGAUGGAUAAACGAAGGACGCCUUGAAGUUGGCGUUGUCAUGUCAGCUAGGCUUCGCGGCUGAGUCAGAACAAGGGGAGGCGGUGUGUUGUUUCGGGUGUGUUCAGUAUCUCAGCGAGAAGUCUGGCUGAUGUCCGCGGAGACAGUGUUGCCUCCAGAGGGGCCUGCAGGGCCGGACGAGCAACAAGAAGAGAGCAGUUUGCUUUUGGAUAUUUCUCAAGAUACAUGCCAAAAUGAUACUAAGGAAUCUGAUACCACAGAGCUGAGCAGAACGUUGUCUUCUCAAGAGCACUGUGCUGAUGGACAGGGCAAUGGGAUGGGAGAGAGCCAAACACAUUCUGAACCUGUAAGAGUCCAGCCUCAGUCUUCAGGGCUUCUGCAGCUACCCAGUGAGGGAGAAUCUAAACAGCUGCACAAUGGUCUGCACCCAGGCCUGAGUAAUGGCCACAGAACUACACGAGGGUUAACACAGCCUGCAGCCCCUUCUGCUUCUUCAUCUGAGACAAGGAAACAUCCACCUCCCGUGUCUCAGCGCAUGCAGAAGAAACUCCGUUCCAGCCUGUCCGUCAACAGUGACAGCAGCAGAAAAAGCAAAGGCAGUUCUACGGGCUCCAACAAACCUGGUUCCUCUCCAGAGGACUGCUGUGUGCACUGCAUCUUAGCCUGUCUGUUCUGCGAGUUCCUCACCCUGUGCAACAUGGUGGUAGCUCAGGCAUCAUGUGGUGCCUGUACAUCAGAGGCCUGCUGUUGCUGCUGCUGCGCGGAUGACCUCGGUGACGACUGCAACUGUCCCUGCGACAUGGACUGCGGCAUCAUGGAUGCCUGCUGCGAGUCCUCAGAUUGUCUGGAGAUCUGCAUGGAAUGCUGCGGGAUCUGCUUCCCCACAUAAAAGCCUCGCUCGCCUGUAAAGAGAAGCACACGAGGUGGUGCCUAUAUUUGAAAAUAUGCGUGUGUGUGACCAUGCAUGUAUGUAUUUACACACUUCAGUGAAAAAUACAUUUAUAAACUAAAAGGACUUACACAUUACACGUGUGUAUGUUAAAGCCAUGUACUGUUUUGUGUUACUAUGACUGUUAAUUACUCUAUUAUCUCAUCUGCUUUUAAAAAUAUUACUGGAUAGACUUUUCUGAAAAUGAUCGAUUACUACAUGUCAUUACACAGGUCUUUUAUUCAUUUUAAUGGUUUAUGACUUACUGUUUAUAUCACUAACAAGCGAACAAAUACAUCUAUUCAUUUCCUGUUUACAUGUGCAGCACCUGGUCAUAUGUAAACACAAUUUUGAGGCCAAAGUGGGUGUAGGCCCCUGGGAAUCAUCAGCCUUUGGCCUUUAUAUGAGCUGUAAGUGUGUGGGCCACUGUUGGGGCCAGGUUGUACUAUAAGUGGACAUGCAUCUUUGUCAAGUAUUAAAGCCCCAAGUGAGACCGCACAUGUGAGCCAGUAAUAGUGCCAAGGUAGGUUACAUGUGAAAACUAUGUAGGCCAUUGUCUUUUGGCACCGCAUGACAACAAAAGUAAUUAAUGUAAUGGUUUCAUUAUUUCUUACCCUUACAUGUUGCACUAAUCAUUAACAAAUGGUCACUGACAGAUCCAAACAAACAGCUCAAGAUCAAUAGUUUUUUUUAAUUGU